GGAAGUACUUCGGAUCGUGUCCUUAGGUAACCUGCCUUGCCCCUUUUUCGUACCCUAAUGCUAAGAGGCGUCGUCCUAGCAAAGGCGCAUAUUGUAGGCAAACUGAAAGGCGGAAUGAGUGGCUAGCUGUUGCCCUGCAUCUUAACUCCCCACGCGAAUUAUUUCAAUCAUGUUAUGGUCCGCAGACAAUGUGUAGAUAUCGCGAGACUAAGCUAAACCAACAAAUUCAACCUUAAGCUAAGUAAACCAUUACCUGGGAACUACCCAAGGGAACCAAGGGGCUACUCCCGUUGCUUCGCUUCGUCUUCACGGAAACUGACUACGACUCAGUGUGAAACUGGUAUCAAUGAUAUAUCGUCAACCCCAGGAGAAUCCAACAAUGACACGCGCUUCACGAACACAAUCAGGGUGGCCUACAGAGAGGGAGCACGGACCCAAAAUUUUAUCCAUAUCCGCAUCAAGGGUCACGUCGAACCAACUGAAGCAAUACCUUGACGAGAAAUAUCCCGGCCAAUACUCAGUACAGUUAAAACGGGAUCAGUUCACCAUCACCUUGACAAGGAAUGGAAAAGAACAACAGCUGUGAGCUUACCACGGCGAUGAGAAUGGAUACCCGGGGCCAAGGUUGGGGUCAUAAUAACGACAGGAUAUCAUGCUGGACUUUGGCGUCAGUUGUACGUUAGUAUACGUGGCAGUCUUUUGUUAUAGGUCGAUGCCAUCGAACUUUGGGGCACGGGACAUACUUGGGCUACCCAACUUGUUCGGGCUUUCCGGAUAACUAGUCGGAGAAUUCAAGUUCAUGGAGGUGGCACUGAUUUAAAUUGAUGGGAUCGCAUAAUAGGUAUUGUACGAUAGGUAAUAUCAGAAUGAAGUUAAAGGUGCUACUAUGUACCUAGGUAGGUAUAUCUCUGUACGAGCAUAAGGAGAACUAUACUGGUAUUUAUGAACCACUAAGUUGAACGGCGAGAAGAAGAAAAACAACAACCGAUGGCAUCAACCUAUUGGUUGACUAUUUCCAAGGUGCUUAAUACAUUAGGUAGUUGCUUAAUAUUAUGAAGAGCGAACAUAAUUUCAUCAAUACC